GAAUCAAGAAAACAUUUUUGCAACAAAUGGGGAGGUCCUGGAAGGAUACAAGGGGGAGGCUGUAUGAUGCGCAUUACAAACCAACAAGGACACUUGAACAGAAUCUUGAUAACCGCCCGGCGGGAAUUCCUAAAGAGCAUUGGAGGUGGUUCAUUGAUUAUCGUAAUGAUCCUGCAACAAAGGCGAAGUGUAAGCAAAACGCGCUGAAUCGAAAGAAGCAACUUUACACGCACACUGGCAGUUCUAAAAGCUUGGCUAGGGCAAGGGAAGAAGAGUCACAAAAACAAGGGAGGAGAGCUGUUAGGGGAGAAGUAUGGAUCCUAAAGCACAAACGACUUGAUGGCACCUAUAUACACGAAGAAGCUCAGAGAAUUGGUGUAAGUACACUUAAUCAUUUAUGUUGUAACAUGUUGGGUUUAAUUAUUAAAAUGUCUUGAGUAUGCUAUAUUCCUAGUGUGAUUGUGUAUUUUUAUUUACGUCUGCAGGAAAAAAUAUUUGAGAUUGAGCAGCAGGAUGAAACUACAAGAAUAUUGUCAGAAAAUGAUUUCCUUGCCCAAGCUCUCGGUAAAGAGCACCCGGGUAGAGUGCGUGGCAUAGGUUUUGGGCCGACACCAAGUCAACUCUUCCGUCCGAGUUCGCAUCCGUCGGUGGAUAGAGCUCAAAUAGAAGAGGCCCAAAGGAUGCUGUUUGAACUACAGGCAGAGGUGACGGCCAAAAAAUUGAAAAGGAAAGCAAAGGAGGAUGAAGUAGCAGCAGAGAAAACGAAGAGGUAGGCAAUAGAGAGUGUGCUGAGUUAUUUGGUCCAACAGCAAGGUGGGAAGUUGCCACUAGACAUCGCUGCAUGGAUGAAUUCUUUGGAUGGACAUGACGGAAAAUAGAAAUUAGGAUAUAUGCAAUUGUUUGUUUUUCAGUAUAUGUUUUGUUUAUAUUAACUAUGCAGCAUUAAUUAUUAGCCAAAUACUUU